ACAAAAUAAAAUUCACUGAACCCGACAAUGAACACGAAGUCACGAACGACGAACCUCGUCCGUCAUUAGGUCUUCCUCUGUUCAUCUCCCAUUCCUACUUCCAUAUCAAUAAUACCAUACCUCCUCUCUUAGCAGCUAAUGUUUUCCCACCCAAAACUCACCUACAAAAUCUACAUUUACCGAAACACACCUUUUCCCUACCUCAAAGAUCAUGCAAAGAUCUGUAAUAUCAAGUAAACAGCAAGAUAAAACAGAGCUUAAAAAGCUUCAGUUUCUUGUUAAUGGCGGAUUUUAACUCACUUUUCUAUCUAUUCCUCCUAUUUUCUUUCUCUAUCUUCACUUCAGGGAGUGAAGCAGAGGCAAAAGAUGCACCAUUUGUUGGGAUAAACAUAGGAACAGAUGUAUCAAAUUUAUUAUCACCAGAAGAACUAAUUACAUUUCUACAGUCGCAGAAGAUUUCUCAUAUUCGAUUAUUCGAUUCCAAUGCCGACAUUUUAAAAGCACUUUCUCAUACUAAAAUCAGAGUCAUCAUAAGUGUCCCUAAUAAUCAAUUAAUUGCUAUUGGUUCUUCAAAUACUACAGCUGCUACUUGGAUUCAAAGAAAUGUAGUUGCUUUUUAUCCACAAACCCUAAUUACUUCGAUUUCAGUUGGUGAUGAAGUUUUCACUACUAAUCCUUCUUCAGCUCCAAUCCUUUUACCUGCAAUUGAAUCUCUUUAUAAUAGUUUAGUAGCUUCCAAUCUUCAUAAUGAUAUUAAGAUUUCAACUCCUCACGCUGCUUCGAUCAUUUUAGAUACAUUCCCCCCAUCUCAAGCAUUUUUUAAUCAAACCCUAACUCCAUUUUUACUUCCUUUGCUUCAGUUCUUGUCGAGAACCAAGGCUCCGUUGAUGAUGAAUUUCUAUCCUUAUUAUGUUUUUAUGCAGAAUAAAGGUGUUGUUCCUUUGGAUAAUUCAUUGUUCAGACCGUUAACGCCUUCCAAAGAAAUGGUUGAUCCAAACACAUUGCUUCACUAUUCAAAUGUUCUUGAUGCCAUGAUUGAUGCUGCGUAUUUCUCGAUGAAGAAUUUGAAUGUCAGUGAUGUUGUAGUUCUUGUUACUGAAUCUGGGUGGCCGUCAAUUGGUGAUUCUAAAGAACCUUAUGCAACAAUUGACAAUGCUGAUACUUAUAAUUCAAACUUGAUUAAACAUGUUUUCGAUAGAAGUGGAACGCCAUUACAUCCUGAACUUACUUCAAGUGUUUAUAUUUAUGAAUUGUUUAACGAAGAUUUAAGGGCGAACCCGGUUUCAGAAGCUAAUUGGGGUUUGUUUUAUGGGAAUUCAACACCAGUUUAUUUACUUCAUGUUUCUGGAACUGGGACAUUUUUAGGGAAUGAUACUACUAAUCAGACUUAUUGUGUUGUGAUGGAUGAUGUCGAUUCGAAAACAUUGCAGGCAGCUCUUGAUUGGGCUUGUGGACCUGGUAGAGCUAAUUGUUCUGAAAUUCAACCAGGGGAAAAUUGUUAUCAACCUAAUGAUGUGAAACACCAUGCUUCUUAUGCUUUUGAUAGUUAUUAUCAGAAACAAGAUAGAGCUUCUGGUUCUUGUGAUUUCAAAGGCGUUGCCAUGAUCACUACUACAGACCCAAGUCAGGGGAGCUGUAUUUUUCCUGGAAGUAAGAUGUUAGGGACGAACAAGACUAGUGCAGUGGGCACAGCUACCAAUACAACCACGUCAAGUGGAGGGGUAGGACACCUACUGAGAAGAAGAAGAACACCAACGGUACAAUGGUACGAUCUCGUGAUAUUGCUGGUGGUGUUAGCUUGGAUUUGAUAAGAGCUGGGUAGGGGAUGGUACCCAAGAGGUACAGACAAUGCCAAGGAAUUCAUUCAUUCAGAGAAAGUUGUCUGAUUCUUCAAAUCUCAGUGUAGUUUUUCCAGAUGUACCAAUAUCACGUGUAUCUUUAUCACAUUUUGUAAUUUUAGUAGGGGUAGGAAACAAAGUGGAAAGGUUAGGUUUAUAGAGAACUAGAGAGAUUCCAGACACAAGGUCCAAAUGCAUUGCAAAUGGGGUUGAGUAAACUUGAUCCUAAUAACAUGUGGCUGAAAUAUAUGUCCCGGUCUCCUGUUGGGUCCAAAGGCAUAUUUCUUGUAAUUCAUUCUUUUGUAGUUUAUAAAGAGAUUGAUUCUUUGAUCUUCAA